CAUGUAGGUGUGAUGGUAAAGACAUUUGUGAUGUUCGUCUCAGCAUUGAUCCCCUGAUUUCAUUAGUUCAUCUGAAUCAGUUUAACAGUCAGGUGAUGGAUGUACAUAUAACAGAGCCAGUGAAGUUGAUCUAUAGCAGAGAUUCUGCUGGUGUAUCUGCUGAAGACAUCUGCUGGAUGGAGAACGCUGGAGAACUACAAUGCAGAGACGAUUAUAAACACAGAGUUUCAUUCCAUCACACCAGUAUCACACUGAGAGGAGUAAAACCAGCUGAUAGUGGAGUUUACACCAUCCAGGACAUGAAGAAUAAAGAUCUUCAUAUAUACUCCGUCACUGUAGUGUUUCCAGUUUGGGCGAUUAUACUGAUACUGUUGCUGGUGGUGCUGCUGGUGCUGUAUGUGCUGCCGCUGAUUGUUGGAGUUUGGAUUCUGAGAAAGUGUGUAGACCUGAGGAAAAAGAUUCUGCAGUUACUAUGGUUUCCUGUGAAGCAGGUGAAAGAUGACGUAGUAAGGAACACGGUGCUGCUGGCUGCGGCGCCGCUGUACUCUGCACUGGUGCUUUGGAUGGAGUACAAAAACCUGAAGAAAAAAUAUCUGCAGUACAAAAACCAUUCUGAAGGUUUUGAUGUGUAUUUUAAAUUACAAGAGAACAAUGAAGACGGAAUAAGUGACAUAAAAUCAGACGAGCAGAAACAGCAGGUCCUGUUUUAUCUGCUGGUUGAUUUAAAUGACUAUGUGGACCAGUUCAGAUCUGCAGAGGAGUCCGGUGAGAGCUAUACGGAGGCGUGGAAGAACAUUGAGCAUGUAAACGGACUCCUACAGGUCCUAAAUAACACAUCACUGAGCCAGGAGAACCACACCGUAUAAAGCCUGAUGAGACUGAUUCAUCAUUCUAAUGAGCUGCACUGAAGCUGAACGUGUUUCUGGUUGUUGUUGGUUGUUUUUGGUUUUACUCAGAACUGUUAGAAGUGAUGAUGUGGGAGUAGAACCUGUUGUAGGGAAUGUAUUGUGUAUGGUGUUUCUUCACAUCUGUGUGAAAUAACCAUCAAACCCAGUCUAACAUACAGCACAUGUAUCUGUGUUUAACUGGAUUUACUUCACGUGUGCUGGUUCUGCAGCUCCAGGUUCUGAAUCCACAAAAAUCUUCAACCAGAUAAAGAGUAACGUGUCUGAAUGUACUAACAGUUCCACACAGGAACACUCAACCUGUCUGUUAUUACUGGUUAUAAGUGUCUCUGUACUGGUUAUAAGUGUCUCUGUACUGGUUAUAAGAGCUCUGUACAGGUUACAAGUUCAAAUUCAUCACUCAGUGUUUUAGUACAACAAGCCAUGUUAAGCUUUAUUUUUCACGUUAAACGUUGUUCGUUCUGUCCGGGUCAUGUUUACCGCGUUAUAUCACACAGUUCAUCUCUUUAAAAAUAUCAGCAGCAAACUGGAUCAGAAUGUAAUCAGGUGACUUUAAAUGAUGAAAGUGGUUUAUAUUCUAUGUAAUGUUAUAAUGUCUCAUGUGAAAACGUCCAUUCCAAACCUCGACACUGUGACACGCCCACAGACGACGUAACGGUUCACGCUGAAAAACCCAGUACUCUGUGGUGCCAGAUUAGAACCCUAGUUCUCUGUCUGGAACCUAUUUCUUCCGGUGGAAACACACGGAACCGGUUCAAAAUCAAGUUCGGAUCCGGGCCGGUGGAAAAGGGGUAACAGUGACGUGGCUCCUGGUGAUUGGUGGAGUGCAGAGCCGUAGAUAGAGAGAGUUGCGACACUCCUUGAUCUCGCCGCUACGCGGUCACGUGGUUCAUGUAACCCUCCAAUAGUUCCAAACAAACCCGGCGCUGUCAUGUUCUCAUAUGGAACGGCAGCAGUGAAUGAAAUAUUAAACACUAAAUAAUAAACAUUUGUACAAUUUCUGGGUAUUUUCACCUGCAUUUACAUUUACUGCAUCUGCUUUAAUGUCAAUUUGGUAUAUAAAGUGUAAGAUUGAUGUUAAUAAUGACUAAUAACACACAGUACAUUAUAUUAGCAUACAUUACAUAAUGUCAUAUCAUUAAGUAGUAGAG